UGGACCAGGAACAUAAGAGGGACGAGCACAAGUGCCGGCGCCGUUGGUCUCGUUCGACUCGUUUGUGGCCCAUUCCCUGCGGAAGCCGGCGAAAGAGGCGAGGAAGGGAAAAAGUGUCCCCACGUGAGUUGGCUGGCCACCGCCAGUGGAGCCGGAGUAGAGGUGAGAGGAGCGGGACCGCCGUCGAGCCACUCAAGAAUGACGGGAGUCUUCGCUUGGCCCUGUUCUGGGUUCCUUCCUGAGGCUUACUUGCCCUUUUUUGGUUCAUGCGCGUUGGGCCAGCUUUGCCAGGAAAUGGGAGCGGAGGCAUGAGCCGCGCACUGCCGAGCGAGCAGCCACCUAGGAGUCGUGCUCCAUCCUUGAUCUAUCCAUCCAUCCAUCCAUGCACCUUAGGUGCCCUAGUGCCUCCUUGGUGGUACAUUGGAGGAGCUUCUAGGACGAGUGGAGCGAGUGGAGCCUGUGAGUGGAGCCAGAUCGGGGAGCACAGGAGGAGCCGAGGAGCAGGCCGCCUAGCAGUGCCACUGGAACCCAGACAACAGACAGUGUGGAACGGGUGGUGCACAAACACAUCGAUAACUGGAUCGGAGUAGUCAACCUCCGACCUCGUGAUAUCUCGUGGUUCCACGAGUGCUUGUGAGAUCAAGAGAAUUACCACUUAACGUCAGAUUCCAUCAUGGGAUCAGACAACUUUUGCUUGAAGUGGAACGACUUCGAGUCUAACAUCAGCUCAAGUUUCAAGGAGAUUCGACGAGAAAGUGAAUUCUUCGAUGUCACCUUGAGUUGUGAUCAAGGCAAUGAGCAAGUCCAUGCUCAUAAGGUCAUCUUGGCGGCCUGCUCUCCUUUCUUUCGGCGUGUACUUAACAAGAAUCCCCAUCAAAACCCUGUGAUAUACCUCAAAGGGGUGGACUUUCACAACCUCAAUGCUAUCCUCAACUUUAUGUAUUACGGUGAGGUCAACGUCGGUCAAGAUGAGCUCAAUGGCUUUUUGAAAGUCGCGCAAGAGCUCUCCGUGAAAGGCUUAACUGAUGGGCCCAAGAAAUCCGCCAAGGAGGGCUCUCCCCAGGGGGAUUCAACCAAAACAAAGUCUCUGCUUAAGAAAACGCUUCAACAACAGCCUCAGAAGAACAAGUCCAAUUCGACCCCAGCGGGUCCUCCCCUUCCCCCUCUCAGUACGCCCCCCGCAUUGAAGAAGAGAAAAUUAGAGUCUCCCAUUGAAAAGGCCACUCCGCCCAUCGAGGUGAAGCCUGAUGUGGAGACCUUGAAGCGAAUGAAUGCCAUGAACAACUCCGAGGAUGACAAUGAUGGAGAUGAUUUUGGUGGCGAAGAUGGCGAUCCGGCCGUUGAACUGGAAGAGUAUGGAUACGCCCAGUACGGAGACGAUAGCAACUUUGGUGCCGACGAGUCGAAUGACAAUAUUGAGAUGAGCCAAAAAAUGGAAGUAAUGGGAGAGGAUGGCUCCAAAGACUUCGCUGAUUAUUACACCCGUGAUUCUCAGGGCCUGUUCUGGUGUAAAGGAUGUAGUUUGAAAACGACUAGCCGGAGAGACCUCUUCAGACACAUUGAUGCCAUCCACAUGAACACUGUUUACGAUUGUGUCAUGUGCGGAAAACAGUUCAAGGCUGCCUACUUGUUGAAACGACAUUGCCGAAAGGUUCAUCCCAACGUCCCUUUCAAUUCCGGAGAGGGAGAGUACAACAGUUAAACGGUCUUAGGGGAUGGAGCUAUGGCAAGAGCUGAAAUGCAUUCCUUAAAUUCAUGCAUUCCUUAAAGUCAACCCUAAAUGUGAAGACAGCAUCAACCAACCAACAUUUCUUUAUUAUCCACACCAAAAGUUCUCAAAUCCAGUCAGAAGAGCGUCCUCCUUGAGUAGCUCAAUCGAGUAAUACCAAAGCAGACUUCACGGAGUGCUCGAGGCGCCUUCAACCAAUUUAAGUGCAUUAUUUCUAUUAGAUUACCAUAAAUUUUGUUAUAACUUAGGGGGGCAAUUUAUUUCCCUGAACUGGGGAUCGUUGGCAAUAUUUGAGGCUUGUCCUAUUUAGAUGAGCUUCGUAGUUUCUUAUGAUAAACUUAUACUGUUGAUACCAAAUAUCGUUGUUAGAUGUUGCAUACAACCUAUGAUUGUUAUAUCUGAAAUUGUUUUUGAUGUGAUUAAAAUUUGCACUGUGAAAUAUAUUGGGCAAUCGUUGCGUUACCUAA